CGGCCGGCCUCGAGGAGCCGCCGCCGCGGCCACCUAGCCGAGGAAGAGGAGGAGGACGGAGUCGGGGGAAGCCACGGAGGGGAACGCGGUAUUGAAUUCUCCUUCAUGCUGGGCUUAAGUCUAGCCCAGUCAGAUUCUUUCCUUGCUUUGCUUUGUGCUAAUAAGAUUUUGGGCACCUGUUAACACCGUAGGAGUGGAAAAGUUGGCUUUUGUUCACGAAUGAGGAAUUAUUCUCGAAUAGAUUUUUCUUAAGAGAGUCAUCUUUACAAUGGCUUCAGCUGUUAUCAGUUCUGUUCCCACUACUGCUUCUCGUUUCGCCCUCUUGCAAGUAGAUAGUGGCAGUGGUUCUGAUUCUGAGCCUGGAAAGGGCAGAGGUCGGAAUCCUGGAAAGUCCCAAACUUUGGGGAACAAACCAACCACAAAUGAAAAGAAGAAAGAAAAAAGAAGAAAAAAGAAAGAACAGCAGCAGAGUGAAGCGAAUGAGCUUAGAAAUAUUGCUUUUAAGAAGAUUCCCCAGAAAUCCUCCCAGGUGGUUUGUAGCUCUCAACAUGAGCUUUCGUUGCCAAACCCGGUACAGAAAGACUUACAAGAAGAAAAUUGGCAAGAGUGGAGACAAAGAGAUGAACAGUUGACAUCUGAAAUGUUUGAAGCUGAUCUUGAAAAGGCAUUGUUGCUAAGCAAACUAGAAUAUGAAGAACACAAAAAGGAAUAUGAAAAUGUUGAAAAUGCUUCACCUCAAUCAAAAGGUAUGAAUAAAAAAGAAAAAAGAAAGAAUCAUCAGGGGAAAGACAAACCACUCACAGUGUCACUGAAAGACUUUCAGUCGGAAGCAAAUAUAGAUCACCUUAGUAAAAAAACUGAGGAGAUAUACUUAAAAGAUGGAAGAACUGAAAGACUAAAGUUGGAACUUGAAAGGAAAGAUGCUGAAAUUCAGAAGUUGAAAAAUAGCAUCACUCAGUGGGAGGCAAAAUAUAAAGAAGUAAAAGCAAGAAAUGCUCAGUUAUUGAAAAUGUUACAAGAAGGUGAAAUGAAAGAUAAAGCAGAAAUACUUCUUCAAGUUGAUGAAUCACAAAGUAUCAAAAAUGAGCUAACCCUACAGGUGACUUCACUUCAUGCUGCAUUAGAGCAAGAAAGAUCAAAAGUGAAGGCAUUACAAGCAGAAUUAACAAAAUAUCAGGGUGGCAGAAAAGGGAAAAGAAACUCCGAGUCUGACCAGUGUAGGUGAUCACAUUAGCCAUUGAGAGAUCAGCAUACACACACACACACACACACACACACGCACACGCACAUGCACACGCACACACACAUGCACGCACACACACAUGCACGCACAAACUUUUCAGGGUUUUGAAAAAAUGUAUAUAUUUAAUGCUGUACAACUGCUGAACUAUGCAGUUUUUGUUGGGGAAAAAAACUAAAAAGACUAAUUGGUUAACCAUCUAAAAAUAUUUCAUUUUUCUGUUGGUUUAAAGUGAAAAGUAGGAAAGUAGAAUUCCAGAAAAACUCAGUGAUUAUUUCUGUUUACUGUCCAUGCUCAUCACUUUAGUUUUUCAUCAGUCAAUAAAAUUUACUCUUCCA